UUCGCCUCCUUUGCUUGCCUUCUUGUUUUCCUCGCGAUUUCCUCGUCUGCAAAUGCCGAAAAUAUGACGGAGCCACGGCGAAAUGAUAAUCUGAGCCCAUUUCAGGCGUGGAGGAGCGCGGUCGAGUGCAUGUUCAACAAAUCAAUAGCGUGCACGGAGCAGCAACAAAUAUGGCUGAACUUAACGAUAGAAGUGGCAAAAGAAGACAUGAGAGGUUACUGUGGAGGAGGGUGUUUGGAGCACACGAUGGACGUGCUAGACUGCAUCGACGACGUGAAGAGGGACUUCUGGUUCGCUAAUAACUUCGAUACACCGACCCUUCGUAGCUUCCUCAAUGAAAGAUGCUCCAAUUCAACGGCCUUUUCAUACAAGGAUGUGCCCACCACCACCACCAGCGGCGGCGGCCGCGGCGCAUUUCAAGUCCUAAACAACAUGGUUUUAUCCGUCAUCAUUCCCGUUUUGGCCUCAAUUUUAUCGUAUAAUUAUUAUUAUUAA